UCUUCAGUGAAGCAAAUUUAUUUUAGUAUAUUGAGCAUAAUUUGGGAGGGUUUUAACUUUCAUAUGAGACAUUUCUAAAACCAAUCGAUUAAUUUAAAGUCAGGUUAUAAGCUUUUGUUUCUACAAAAUGGAUAAGCGACAAGACUUUUGUUAGGGACUGUAGAUCCGUUGGUGCAUAGUUAUGGCUGCAUUUACCCUUUCCAAAUGGCUUUAUUUUGUGACAAAGUAAGGACGUGGUUAUGCCGCAUCUUUAGGGGGCAGUAAUGAGUCGAACAUGCUGAUUUAGCCCAGUGGAAGCAUGUGUUCUUCCGAUCUUGAAAGUAUGGCGGCGCAGGCUGGAUUUUCCAUCGCUGCACCGGCUUUUGGGAGCCGUCAGGAUGCUUCUGUCUUAUCUGCUGUGUCUCUGUCCGCGGAGGCUGCCCCGUUCACUCCACGGGAUUCAUCCGACGCUGAUAAACAGUUUUCCCACUGCUACGCCAAGCUCCGGGGGUUGCGGCCACAAUCUGCCCAGCUCAGAGACCACCUCAACCUGCUGUUUGAUAAGCUCCUCUCGGAAAACUACAACAAAACAUUUAACCCAGAUAUCACCAUUCGCCCAGAGGAUGUGUGCACCCUUUUGAAACAUGCCAGCUCACUUGUUCCUUUUAAUCAAGAGCAUUUAGUCAUUAAACUCUGUCAGCUUAUCCACCACCUACUGAACCAACUGAAGGUCAUAAUGGAUGAGCUGACAUUAGAUGUACUGAUGAACUAUGUAACCUGUGCACUUAAGAAAUGCAGUACUUGGACACAUUCAGAUGUCCUGUUAGCAUUGUCCACAAUAGUAUAUGGAAAUGGACCUCAGUGUCACCAGCACCUGGAGAGCCUGCUUAGUGAGAAUGGUAUCCUUUUGCAAUACAGCUCUCCCUCUCAACCAGAUCUGGAGCUGCAACGUGUUUCUCUAAACUGCAUGGCCAACAUAUGCCUCAGGAUUCCUGGUCAGCCACCUCUAGAUGAGCAGUACAGAGCUGUAUGUUUCAGAGUUUUUCUGAAAACACUACAAACAUGUAAACCUGCCAGUGCAGAUGAACUCUUCUUCUGCAUGGUUUUGCAGUCUGCACUGAAAGGACUUCAGUGCUGCUUUUCUGGUGGAAAGUGGAAAUUUGGAGGAAUGGAAGAGUUGGGAACAGUUCUUGCUAUACUGAAGCAAAUGAUGUUCCAGGGAUCUCCAGGUGUGAGUGUGGAAUGGCCGUCUGUGCUUUACCCAGCUCCUCUUCCACAGUACGAAGGACCAUCAUCACCAAGACAGCCUGAAACAACAAAGCCUCCAGAGAUGUCAAAAAAUGUCACUGGCCGAAGCAAACCGUCAGCAAAUAAAAAACGGAAAUCCAGAGGUAAAGGAAAGAAAAAUACCACUGAGGAGAAUGAAGAUGAAGAUGUUGAUGGAGAGAUAACAAAUAAACAAGAAGCUUUAAAGGAGCAAUGUGCUGCUGAAAAAGAGAAUACUGCUAAGCCAUCAGCUCAAAAUCUUUAUCCUUCCUGGAAACAGACCAGUUCAGACUCCGAGUUUUCCGAUCCAGAAGGUGGAGCUCAAAGCAAACUGCGGCUAUAUCAUGGACGCGUGCGACAAGGGGCACUACUCUGUCUGUUGGCUGUAGUCAAAAGUGUUGAAAAGAGAACAUUGUAUGGCUAUUGGUCUUCGUUUAUUCCUGAUUCGCCCAUUGGAGGACCACCUCAGCUCACCCUCAUUACAACAAUAUUAAAGGACCCCUCACCCAAGGUGCGAGCAUGUGCACUCCAGGUCUUAUCGGCCAUGUUGGAUGGGUCUCGACAGUUUCUUGCAGUUGCUGAAGAUAUAACAUCCUCUAGACCAUCUUAUACAUCAUUUUCUUUUUCUUUGGCCACUGCAAUCAGAGAGCUGCACCGGGCUCUCAGUCUAGCUUUGCUGGCUGAAAUCUCCCCCCAAACUCUCACACAGAUUAUUAAGUGUCUGGCAUAUUUGGUGACCAAUGCCCCAUACCACCGCCUCAAACCAGGUCUACUCAGUCCACUAUGGAGGCAGAUCCGUCCAUAUGUGCGUCACAGAGAUGUGAAUGUGCGUGUAUCAGUUUUGACGCUCUAUGGUGCUUUGGUGACCACUCAGGCUCCUCUCUCUGAGGUGCAGCUCCUCCUUCGACAGCCAGAUGGCAGUAGCGUCUUUGGAUCUUAUACACCCCAAGACACCAGUCUGAGUUGGCGGCAGAGGGAUGGUGUGUCUUCUUCAAGUUGUACACCAGUCAAACAGGACUCACACUCUCCUCUUAAUUCGCACACACCAAAGGAAGAGGAUAGCUCACCUCCAUGGCUGCUGCAGCUGUGUGUGGCCUUGAUAACACAACCACGAGAGAGCCAAUCAGAUAGUGAAGAGACUGGAGCCACUGUCCUAGAGCCCUCUCCUGUUCGUUUGGAGGCUUUACAGGUUUUGUCUCAUUUGGUUCGCGGUUACUUCUCCCUCUGUCAAUCCCACCUGUUUGAGAUAGGUCAAGUGAGUGCUUGGUGUCUUGGAGAGACUGACCCAUCCAUCCAGCUUCAUGGAGCAAAAUUACUGGAUGAGUUGGGGACAGGGAUAAUUCAACAAUAUAGACCAGAAAACAACAUUCCUGAAAGUCAAAGAAUUCCCAUCAGCCAAGUGGUGGCAUUUUGGUCCGAAGUUCUGCGUGGACCGUUAAAUGCAGCUUUGCAGAAUGAACAGCAUCCUACUCUGCAAACUAGUGCCUGUGACACACUCUCAUCAAUCCUUCCUCAGGCAUUUGCACAGCUGCCUGAAAAGACACAGCUCAUGUGUAUCACUGUGCUGCUGGGACUGACCUACAGUGAAAACUAUUUGGUGAAGACUGCAGCUGUUAGAGCUCUGGGUAUCUACGUUCUUUUCCCCUGUCUCAGAGAGGAUGUGAUGUUUGUGGCUGACACAGCAAACACAAUCCUAGCUGCUCUUGAAGAUCGAUCUCCAAAUGUCCGGGUCAAAGCUGCCUGGUCUCUGGGAAACCUUACAGACACACUAACUGUCAAUAUGGAGUCUGUGAGUGUGGACUUUCAAGAGGAGCUAUCAGAUAUGUUGCUGCUUAAAAUGCUGCAAACUGCAACUCGAGCAUCAUCUGAUAAAGACAGAGUGAAGUCCAAUGCAGUGCGAGCUUUAGGAAAUCUUCUUCACUUUCUGCGAGAGAGUCAGUUGACACGGUCUGUGUUCAAACAGCCUCUGGAGGAUGCAGUUCGUGCUUUGGUAAAGACUGUCCAAUCAGAGGCCAUGAUGAAGGUCAGGUGGAACGCAUGUUACGCCCUUGGAAAUGCCUUCAGGAACCCUGCUCUGCCCCUUGAAUCAGCCUCUUGGUCUCAUGACGCUUUCUCUGCCCUCUGCAAUGUCAUGACCUCCUGUAAAAACUUCAAGGUGCGAAUCAAGUCUGCUGCGGCUCUGUCAGUCCCUGCACAACGCUGUUGCUAUGGCGAUACAGACCGGUUUAUUUGUGUGUGGCACGCUUUGGCCACAGCCCUCGAAAACAGCGAAGACACAAAUGACUUUUUAGAGUACCGCUACAGUGCCAGCCUCCGACACACACUAUCACAAGCUUUGUUACAUCUGCUUAGUCUGUCCCAAGUUGAAGACAUGUCUGCCCUUGCCAAGUCCCUCUCAGGGGAGGAGGGCAGGGGCAUUCGGGUGCAUUUGGUGAAAUAUCUGAGAGCAGAAGAAGCAGCCACAGAGGGAGCAGAGGACGACAGGUAUGGAGAUAGUUUUACUCCUCAGCAGAGAGUCAAAGCCCUGGAGAAGACUGCAGAGAGACUGAGGAGGCUAGAGACUGAAGUUAACAAAGACACUGUUGUAGCUUUUCUGGAGGAUUUGCUGAAGAGCUGUGAAGAGCCAUAACACUUUCUCAUAGCACUUUUUCACUUUGUGAAAAGCAGAGAACAUGAAUAAAAUUAUUAUGUAGAAAAUAAGUAACAAUUAAAGCCGCGUGCGGCGAUGGUGGCCCUCGCCCCGGGUGCGCACCGCCCCCCCACGCGACCUCCGGGGACUCGCGACCGCCCCGGCACGUCACCCUUUCUCCCCGACAUCCGCCCAGGCCGACAGCUAGUCCAUUAGACACAUUACAUAAUGCACCUUUAAAUAUUUAUAGGAGUCAUUGCGCCCCUGCUGGGCAACAGUGGAAAAUGCACCAUGUCCGCUAUUUAUUUUUUUGCUCAUAGUCAUGCAUAGAACUUAUUCCCUGAAUUUGGUACAAAUGCAAUAAUGUGUACAUGUCAUGUAUAUGCUAGGGGGCGCUAUAGUGUUAAAUUUUCAUAUGUUUUAUAGUGUAUUAUAUUCAGGUCGUGAUCAGGCAUUAGUGAUUCAAAUUUCAGCACGAUCGGACUAAGCCUGUGGGUGUAAUAAUUUUUUAACUAUUUUUUCAGGGAGUCUUUGCGCCCCUGCUGGCCAAACGUGGAAAAUGCAUCAUGUCCAUAAUGGACUUUCUUGCUUGUAAUCAUGCAUAGAAUUUAAUCCCCGAAUUUGGUCCAACGCACCGCCCCCCUGGCGAACGCUGGGGACUCGCGACCGCCCCGACACACCGCUCUCUCUUCCUGACAGCUCCCGAGGCCAACAGCUCGUCCACCAGAAAAAUUACAUAGUGUACCUUUAAAAUUGGAUAAAGUGAAUGAUUCUAGAGACAAACUGUAGACACUAAGCCACAGGUCACGUGACUUUAAUGGUCAAGAGCACUGUCACACUAAGACUAAGUGCAUGAAAACACAUCCUCCACCAGAAAAGUUACAUAGUGUGCCUUUAAAUUUCUCAGAAGUGAAAUUAUUCUAGAGGCCAAAGUGUCAAACUAGGGCAUAGGUCUUACUGACGUUUAUGAUGAGGAGUACGUCAGUGAAUGUUUUGGCAAAGUUUUACAAAUGAAUGUAAAACUAAUUUUAUGUCACACAAUAAUAAAUUGUGUGCAUUCAUAUAGGUGGCGCUGUAUCCCUGAUAACUGUAUUUGACAUAUCAAUGGAAUAAGGGUCAUGCAGUGUAUAACUGAUAGAAAUGUCAUCACAAUCGGACAAAACAUGUGCAUAUAAUAAUUUUUACAAUAUUUUUUUGGGGAUUCUCUGUGCCCCUGCUGGCCAACCGUGAAAAAUACACCAUGACUGUAAUAGACAUUUUUGCUUAUAAUCAUGCAAAGAAUUUAUUCCCCUAAAUAAAUAAAUAUGUUUUAUAGUGUAUUAUAUUUAGGCCGUGAUCAGGCAUUAGUGAUUCAAAUUUCAGCACAAUCGGACUAACCCUGUGGGUGUAAUAAUUAUUUAACUAUUUGUUGGGGGAGUCUUUGCGCCCCUGGUGGCCAGUGGUGGAAAAUGCAUCAUGUCCGUAAUAGACUUUUUUGCUUGUAAUCAUGUCUAGAAUUUAAUCCUCGAAUUUGGUACUAAUCCGAUAAUGUUGAUGUUUGUCAAUGCUAGGGGGCGCUAUAGAGUUCAUUUUUCAUAUGUUUUAUAGUGUAUUAUAUUCAGGCCAUGAUCGGGCAUUAGUGAUUCAAAUUUCAGCACAAUCGGACUAAGCCUGUGUGUGUAAUUAUUUUUUAACUAUUUUUUGGGGGAGUCUUUGCGCCCCUGCUGGCCAAUAGUGGAAAAUGCACCAUGUCCGUAAUAGAUUUUUUUUGCUUGUAAGCAUACAUAGAAUUUAUGUCCCGAAUUUGGUAAAAAUCCAAUAAUGUUGAAGUUUCACGUCUAUGCUAGGGGGCGCUAUAGAGUUCAGUUUUAUUAAAUUUCAUAUUUCAUUACAUUCAGGCAGCGUUGUGCAAGUUCACACUUUUUUUAGUUCAAAGUUCAGUUCACACUUGUUCAAAGUGAAUAGUUCACGUUCAUAGUUCACAAUUUUAAUUUUGAACUAGUUCAAAGUUCAGUUCAUUUUAUAUUUAGAUGAGAUCUGUAAAUGAAAGGCUGCAUUUAUUUUUCAAACUGACUUCUAGUUUACAACAACUUUACAAGAUACACUGUUGGACAAGUGACUUUAAAACUGUAAUGUGUUAUUUAUGACUUGUUACUGUCAUUUCAAAGUCAUUUGUUACAUUACAAUAUUACUGUAUUAAAAAUGUAAAACAU